ACAAUGGAAGAACAGCAAUCCUUCUUUUGCCAUGGAGCUGAAGCCAGUAGGUCUUGGGCUUCUACUACUUGUGCUCCUUGGCAGUUGUGGUGCACAAUUCCCAAAAUGGAGGGGAACUAGUCCUGGUCAGCCUCAGGAGAGACCAGUGCAGCAGGCAGGGGUACAGUGGCCUGUUCGCGAUCCUGUCUCAGGAGUGCUUGUGAAUCCUGAAGAUCCACUGAGUGUUCAGUUGAAACAGGUGAUGCAGGGUCCAGUGAAGAAACUGACCUGGCGUUUUCCCCAAGCUCCAGAGAAGCCCAAGCAGCCAGUAGUCCAUUUUGAGCCACGUCAGCCUGUUUCUGCUGUGAGUGUUGCAGCUGAUUGUGGAGAGAACUCUGUGUAUGUGGAGGUUAAGAAGGAUUUGUUUGGAACUGGAGAGCUAAUAAAUCCCUCAGGUCUCAGUCUUGGAGGCUGUGCAGUAACGGGAGAAGAUUCUGCUGCUCAGGUUCUCAUCUUUGAAGCAGAGCUGCAGCUGUGCAAUAGUGUGCUAACGACAACUGCAGAUGAGCUGGUCUACAGCUUCAUCCUUCAGUAUGCCCCUGAACCAUUGGCUAGGCUGCCAAUUGUGAGGACCGAUGGUGCUAUGGUUGGUAUUGAGUGCCGCUAUCCACGACUGCAUAAUGUGAGCAGCAAUGCCCUCUUGCCUGCCUGGAUCCCUUAUGCUUCUACUGUGACUGCUGAGCAACGUCUGGUCUUCUCUCUCAGGCUCAUGACUGAUGACUGGCAGUAUGAGAGGCCAUCCAACCAGUAUUUCCUGGGUGACUUCAUAAACAUUGAAGCCUCCGUGAUGCAUUACAACCACGUGCCUCUAAGGAUUUUUGUGGACAGCUGUGUGGCUACUGCAGCGCCUGAUGCAAAUGCUGUUCCUAGAUACAUGUUUAUUGAGAAUUAUGGGUGCCUGAUAGAUGCUAAGCUUACAGGCUCCAGGUCUCACUUUUUGCCUCGAGUUCAGGCGGAUAAGCUCCAGUUUCAGCUGGAAGCCUUUGAGUUUCAGCAGCAGAGAAGUGAAUUGAUCUACCUCACAUGCUUCUUGAAGGCUACACCCACUUCUGCUCCUGCUCCCACUGAUGCCAUGCACAAGGCUUGCUCCUUCACGGCUAACAGGUGGACGGCAGCAGAUGACAAUGACUGGGUCUGUGGCUGUUGUGACAUGAGCUGUGGCUUAAGGGAUGGAGGAAGUAAAUCUCCUGGGGCAGGUCAGCAGUGGGGAGGAAAGGUCCCUGUUGGCCCUGUCAGAGUUGGAGAGAAGGUCCCUGUUGGCCCUGUCAGAGUUGGAGAGAAGGUCCCUGUUGGCUCCGUCAGAGUUGGAGAGAAAGCCCCUGUUUGGCAGAGGAAUGUAAAUUAAACUGAGGAGAAAUAAAGUUGCUGUGAAGAUCA